GACUUCUUCAGCCUGGCCGCUUAACCUUGCUCUCCACCGCCUGGUCUGCACUCACCUGCUCUGCGCAGCUCAGCCAGGAUGAAGGGGGCUCUCGGACCCCUCCUGCUCUCCCUCCUUCUGCUCCUCCAAGCUGGAGGUUGUCAAGAAGUAAAAGUGGUGGCUGCUGUUGGGGACACGGUUCAGCUGCAGCCCAACACAUGGCUGUUGUCCUGGGUGACAGUCAACUGGAUAUUGAAACGCAGUUCACAGACCUACUGGAUCCUCAAAUACGAACAGAACAGGACCUCGGCCAGUCCCUUUCUGCCCUUUGCUGACAGAGUCUCUUUCCACCCUGGGAAUCUCUCACUGCAGAUUAACUCGGUCACGGAGAAAGAAAGUGGCCUCUACAUCAUGGACCUGAAGCUGACAAACGGCUCUAAAGUCACCAGUAAUUUUCGUCUGUUUGUGCUUGACCGUGUCCAGCAGCCCAAGAUCAAGGCAUCUACUUCCCAAGAGCGUGGAUGGUGCUACGUUACCCUGUCCUGCUUGGUGCCCAAAGCUGACUGGGUCACCUACAGCUGGUCUCGAGGCGUAUCUUCCAGCCCAGCCCCAGAGGACCAUUGGCUCCAAGAGCAUCAAGCCGAUCUGCAGCUGGAGAUCACUAAAAGCGGCAACAACACCUUCUAUCACUGCAAUGUCAGCAAUGCCAUCAGCUGGGGCAUGGCCACCAUCGAUGUCAAACCGCUGUGCAACUACACAGGUAAGUGCCCCCUUUGCACCAGACAUACGAGUGGGGACAGGGAUGUUUAGCAUCUUCCUGGGUCCUGUGGAGCUGGUUUGUGAGCCUGACCUGAAUGAAACCAGAGGAAGGGGCCUAGCAUCCCUGAGGACGCUCUAGCUGCCCCAGCCUCCAUCCUGGUCUGGUUCAUCUGAGAGCCUGGCAGACUAGUGGGGCUGGAUCUCUGGCCUUGGGGAACCUAGUGGGAAGCCGCAGAGCUGGGAGCACCAUUUCCCCAGCACUGGGGCAGUCCCCCUGGGUGGGCUGCCCCAGAACCAGGGAUGCUGACUGGUCUGCCUGGAAGUAGGGAGACUCAUUGCAGGUCUACACCCUCUCCCAGCCGCCCAAGGGCAACGCUCAAGCACGUCCUGCCUCCCCCUCCCCCUGCACACACCAAGCCCAGAUAGAUGCAGCAAAGCCGUGCGCCAGAG